UCCAACAAGGCAGAAAGCUUCCUUCUACCAGUGACCUGGAAGAACUCUUGCUGGCAGCUGACUCUCCUGAGGAUGCCACUGAAGUUAAUGCUGACAUUGGCUGGGACAGUGACCUCUCAGCGAUUCUAUUGCUAUUACAUUUGAUUCCACCAUCUGGUCAGGGUCGGAAGAGACCAGGAAAGGUGUCAGCUUCUCAAGCAGAAAGGCAUCUUGUGGUCUUCAAGAAGACUGGAACAAAUAUCCAAGAGCACCUUGAUGCCAUCACUACCAGCACUCAACCCUACCUCCUGGCUGUUGGGGUGAAAAAGCAUGACAUCCACCAGUUCUUCAUUAUUCUUGACAAGAAUGCCAUACCAUGCAAGUCUACCUCUUCACUUGGUGCUUUUGAUGAACUGUUUAAAGCACAUUUUGUGUUUGGCACAUCUUACAACACCAUGCUUCACAACAUGUACACGUUCAUCCAAACCACUGUGUACAAUAUAGAUGUUGGCAAAAUCAAAGAAAGUCCCAGAGUUGCUGAAAUAAGGACAAGGUUGCUUCGUUAGGGCUUGAAGGUUAAUUCUCCAUCAUGAAGUGUUUUGUCUGUCAAGCUGAGUUUACUGGUUCAAACAUGCUUGUUAGGCAUUUACGGUUAGUCCAUGGUUACUUACCUGGAAGAAACCUUCGCCUUAAAUGUGCCCAGCGUGACUGUGGCUGUGUGUUUAGCACUUUUUCAGGUUUUAGAAAACAUUUAAAUACCAAACACCUUAACUAUUUCGACCAACAGGCUGACACUGAUGUUAAUUUACAGCCUGAUGUGGCAGUUAAAGAAGUUAGCACUACAGGGCAGGUGGUGUCAACUAAUGUAGAAGAAACACCCACAACAUCUGAAAUGUUGAAAAGUUCAAAUAAGAGCACUUUGGAUAUGUGUGCCUCUACUGUUGCACAGCUCAGGGCAGCUGGAUUAAGCCAAUCUACUGUGAAUAGUUUUGUCUCCUCAAUGAAGGAAGUGUUUUUUGAGAUUCAUACUCAGGCUAAAGAUGCAGCUUUACAGAGCUUACCUUCACAGGACACUUCAAGUAAAAAGAAAUUAGAGCAGUCAUUCAAAAACUUUGAAAACCCAUUCACACUGUUAAAUUCAGAAGCUAAACGAAAUAGGCACUUUAAACAAAAAUGGGCAACUGUUGAACCUGUUGAAAUGGUGCUUGGCACAAGAUUUGACAGUAGAAGAAACAAGAUCACAGGGACUUUUGAUCAAGUCAUUGUAACCGAUAGGUUUGCAUAUGUUCCUAUUUUGGAAACACUGAAAACUAUCUUUCAAAACCACCAUGUUGUCGACAUGUUCAAGUCGAGGAAUAUGUCCAGAGAAGGUGUGUAUGCAGACUUAAUCGAUGCUGCCUAUGUUAAAAGAUGUCCCCUAUUUUCUGCAGAAAAAGAUGCCUUACAAAUUCAACUGUUUUAUGAUGACUUUGAAACUGCAAAUCCCCUGGGCUCUAAAAAGGGUGUACAUAAAUUAGGUGCAAUAUACUUUACACUAAGGAAUUUUCCUCCAAUCUUUAAUUCGUUGUUGGUCAAUAUUCAUUUGUGUGCUCUUUUUCAUGCACAAGACUCAAAGCGUUAUGGCUUUAAUUCAAUCCUUGAGCCACUUGUCAAUGAUCUGAAAGUUCUUGAGACAGAGGGACUGAAACUUCCCAUGUUUAAACACUUGGUUCAUGGCACUGUAAUCCAGGUCACUGGGGACAAUCUUGGCUUGCAUAGUCUGUUUGGGUUUGUGGAGUCAUUUGCAGCUCGAUAUUGUUGUCGUUUUUGUCUGCUUGAGAAGGAUUGUUUUCAAAGUGUGUUCUGUGAAGAUGAUUCUGGUGUUGCACUAAGAACUCUUGAUAUGCAUAAGCAGCACUGUGAAAGUGUACAAAGAGAUCCUACGCUACCUCAUGUAUGUGGUGUGAAACGCACUUGUCUCUUGAAUUCACUUAAAUAUUUCAACACAGCCAACAAUUUUUCUGUAGAUAUCAUGCAUGACAUUUUGGAGGGAGUGGCUCAGUUAGAGGUGAAACUUGUGCUGCAGUACAUUCAGGAGAACUUCCUAAGUGCUGAACAACUUGCUGGUAGAAUACAUGCCUUUUACUAUGGCUUCAAUCAGCAGCGAAAUCGCCCACCAAGGGUAAAGUUGUUUGAUGGCAGUAAUGAUUUAGGACUAAAUGCAAUUCAAUCUUGGUGCUUAUUGCGUAAUGUACCUUUGAUGUUUGGCGAUUUGGUACAGGUGGGUGAUAGCUACUGGCAUCUUCUACUUCUGCUUCUACAAAUUGUCAAUAUUGUGUUUUCACCAGUGCUGUCAGAAGGUAUGACCAUCUACCUCAAACAUUUAAUUAUUGAUCAUCAUCAGCUCUUUAAGCAGUUAUUUCCUACACUCAGUCUCCUACCAAAGCAUCACUUCAUGAUACAUUACCCUCGCAGUAUACGAAAUAUUGGCCCAAUUCUGCACAUGUGGUGCAUGCGUUACGAAGCCAAACAUAACUUCUUUAAGAAGCAAUUAAAAAGCUUUAAAAACAUUACAAUGACAUUGGCCAAGAAACACCAAAGUUGUAUGGCCAUGUAUUGGGAGUCUUUUAGCCUCGAAAGAUUAGCUUUAGGACCAGGAAAGAUGGUGACACUUGGAGAGCUGAAAGAAGGUCCAGAAAUUGCUUUAAAAUUUGGAGCUGCGUUGUCUACCAGUGUUUUUUCAGCUAAGUGGAUAAAACAUCAUGGUACAGAGUACCGCCCUGACUUUAUCAUCUGUACAGAGGUAGUGUCUGAGAUUCCAGUGUUUUAUAAGAUCAAAAGUAUUGUUGUGAAAGAUGACAUUGCAUUGCUCUGUGGAAAACUGAUGGAAACCCUGUGUUUUGAUGACCAUUAUCAUGCAUUUAAGGUCAGAAUGCACCCCAAUAUGGUGCUGAAGGUGUUGAACAUAAAAGAGCUGUGUUACUUCAAACCAUUUGAUCUUCAAAUGAAGUAUGGCACUUCUGAUUCCUCCCUGUAUGUGGUUCCAUAUUGUCAUUUUAUGCCGAACUAAAUUCAUUGUUUUAAAGUGUUUUAUGACUGUUUUUGUGUGUGUAGUGUUUUAUGUACACCACAUGAGA